GUAUUUCUGGCUUGUAUGGAGUUUUGUCCGGGCGAUCUGCCACGUUGCCUAGCAGCGCAGGUUUCUCGGAGGUUCAGUGUUGCUUCUGCUAAGUUUUACGCAGCCGAGACGGUACUAGCUCUGGAGUACCUCCACAUGAUGGGGGUCGUUUACCGCGACCUGAAGCCGGAGAACGUGCUCGUCAGAGACGACGGCCACAUCAUGCUCUCCGACUUUGACCUCUCGCUAAAAUGCGACGUCGUGCCGCAGCUCCUGCAGAAGCAGAGAGCCUCGGCAACGUCGUCGACAGUGAGGAACUCGACAUCCACCUCAUCCUGCAUGACAUCACAGCCUGUGCUCUCAUGCUUUUAUGGCGGGGGCACGGGCAAGUGCAUCAAGAAACAGAAAGAGGAAGAAGAUCAGGGAGCAGAUGAAGAUAACGGUGAUGAGCUCAAGACGCUCGACCCUGAGCUCGUCGCCGAGCCUGUCUCAGCCCGAUCGAAGUCCUUCGUCGGGACCCACGAGUACCUCGCGCCAGAGGUCAUCUCCGGCGGUGGACAUGGAAGCGCCGUCGACUGGUGGACGCUUGGCGUGUUCCUGUACGAGAUGAUAUAUGGGAGGACUCCGUUCAAGGGGGAGAGCAACGAGAAGACGCUCGUCAACAUAAUGAAGCAACCACUGAGCUUUCCAAGCAUGAACGUAUCAAAUACUAAGGAGCUGGGGGAGAUACUUAGAGCUCAAGAUCUCAUAAGGAGGCUGUUGGUGAAGAAUCCUAAGAGGAGAUUAGGGGGUUUAAAGGGUUCAGCUGAGAUUAAGAGCCAUGAGUUCUUCAAAGGGGUGAAUUGGGCUUUGAUUAGGUCUGUUAAGCCUCCUGAAGUCCCUAGAGAUUUGAGGAAGAAGGCAGCAAUGUGCAGUAGAGUGAUCGUUCAGAAGAAGCUAAGCAAGAAGGAGAGGGAGGAGCCAUUCAACGUCCCUCACCAUUUUGAUUACUUUUAGUCUGAUAAAAUUGCAUGUAAUUCUUCUCUUCAUGUUAUCUUCAGCAGUACUUAUCAUUUCUCAACUCGUUUAUUAGCACUUAUCACAUCUGCAACUGGCAUUUCCUCAGAACGAGUUGAGGGGUGAUAAAUGCUACGACAGAUAUUGACAUGGGUGUUAUGUGCAGUUUAUCCUCUCUUUCUUUCAAUUCUUCCUUUUUUUUUGCC